AGCAUCACGCACUAGUAAAGGUGCCAACAGAAAGGUGCUACUGGACAUGCUGUGUAGUGUAGGGGUACAGCGGUGCGCCCCACCCUCCUCCCCCUCAACUCCCAUCCUCCCCCAAGAAGGUUGCUUCGUCACCAGGCAUAGGGUUCGAGGACAUCAUGCACGUUGCGGCGGCGGUGGGUGCGAUGAGUCGCGGCCGGGAGGAAGUGGACGGGUUCAAAACAGGAAGCAGGAAGAUAGACAGACUGCUGUGUCUGGAUGGAGGGGGCAUUAAAGGCUUGGUUCUGAUCCAGUUGUUAAUCUCCCUGGAGAAAGAGGCAGGCAGGCCCAUCAAGGAACUCUUUGACUGGGUUUCUGGGACCAGCACAGGGGGCAUACUGGCCCUGGCUAUCGUCCAUGGUAAGGAUAUGGAGUAUCUGCGAUGCCUCUACUUCCGUAUGAAGGAGCAGGUGUUCAAGGGGUCGCGACCCUACGAGUCGGCCCCUCUGGAGGACUUCCUGAAGAAAGAGUUCGGCGAGAACACCAUGAUGACAGACGUACGGCACCCCAGGGUGAUGGUAACCAGUGUGCUGGCAGACAGACAUCCAGGAGAGCUCCAUCUCUUUAGGAACUAUGACCCCCUCCCUGCCCAGAGAACGCCCUACGCUGGCACAGCCACCUUCCUUCCCCUCACCAUACCACAAGAGCAGGUCGUGUGGAGAGCCGCCCGUUCCAGUGGCGCCGCCCCCACCUACUUCCGACCAAUGGGGCGGUUUCUGGACGGAGGGUUGCUGGCCAAUAACCCGACACUGGAUGCCAUGACUGAGAUCCACCAAUACAACAAAUCCCUGAAAGCAGAAGGGCGUGGCCUGGAGGUGCAGCGUCUAGGUGUGGUGGUUUCUUUAGGGACAGGUAAGCCUCCCCAGGUAGUGGUGAACUCUGUAGAUGUGUUCAGACCCUCCAACCCUCUGGAACUGGCCAAGAGCUUUGUAGGCGCCAAGGAGCUGGGCAAGAUGCUGGUGGACUGUUGUACAGACUCUGAUGGUUGUGCUGUGGACAGGGCCCGGUCCUGGUGUGAGAUGACUGAUACUGUCUACCAUAGACUGAGCCCCCAGCUCUCCCAGGAAGUGAUGCUGGAUGAGGUGAGUGACGCCGUGCUGGUGGACAUGCUGUGGGAGACCCAGAUGUACCUCUACGAACAGAGGGAGAACGUCCAACUCCUGGCACAGCAACUACUCAACGGCUACUGAGGAGAGGAGAGGGAAGGAUGGGAGGAUGCUAUGGGAAUCCCAGAUGUACCUCUAUGAACAGUGGGGCAUCAUACAACUACUGGCACAGCAACUACUCAACGGCUACUGAGGAGAGGAGAGGGAAUGAUGGGAGGAUGCUAUGGGAAUCCCAGAUGUACCUCUAUGAACAGUGGGGCAUCAUACAACUACUGGCACAGCAACUACUCAACGGCUACUGAGGAGAGGAGAGGGAAGGAUGGGAGGAUGCUAUGGGAAUCCCAGAUGUACCUCUAUGAACAGUGGGGCAUCAUACAACUACUGGCACAGCAACUACUCAACGGCUACUGAGGAGAGGAGAGGGAAGGAUGGGAGGAUGCUAUGGGAAUCCCAGAUGUACCUCUAUGAACAGUGGGGCAUCAUACAACUACUGGCACAGCAACUACUCAACGGCUACUGAGGAGAGGAGAGGGAAGGAUGGGAGGAUGCUAUGGGAAUCCCAGAUGUACCUCUAUGAACAGUGGGGCAUCAUACAACUACUGGCACUACAGGGGUUUGUUCAUUACGCCGAUUCUGUGGCAAAACGUUUUGUCAACAGAAGCAAAUGGAAGGAAACGGGGAGUGACCUACCAAUUUGUUCAGUAGAAACACAUUUUCUAUUGGGGUGUAAUCAUUGUGUAGAUGACAAAUGUACUUGGACAUUUGCUCUGAGCUUUUUCAUCACCUGGUGGUUUGUCAGAGCGGUAGAGAGACAAACAGAGAGGGGAAGAGGUACAGAGAGACACAC